AUGAACUCUUCUACUUUGGCACCUCUCCUUAAUCUUCAAACCUCAGAUUCAACUUAUCGAUCAAAGUCUACUUCAAAUCCUUCAACUAGCACUAGGAAUGAUAGGGUAGAUGCUAAGAAUCAUUCAGGAAUUUCAUAUCCUGAUCAUGAACAGCAUUCAUCAUCUCAGCAUCAGCAUCAGCAUCAUCAGCAUCUUACAUCCUCUCCUUCAUCAUCUACUUCAUCAGACUCUUCUUCAUCUGGUCUAGAUCACGAUAUUGAUAGCACUGACAAUGAUCAUAAAAGUCCAUCUCGUGAAUCACAUCCAUGGCCAUUCUCUACUUCAGUCACUUUACUCUCCGAUCAUGCCGAUCAUACUUUAUCUGAUCAUCCAUCUCAUUCUCGCUCCUCACUAAAACAUCCUAUUCCUCUUCUCAAUCAAUCUCAAACUAUGAAUUCUCCCGAACAACUCUAUCAGUAUGAUCAACAACAGUCUUCUUAUCAUUCUUAUCGACCAGAAUGGACUUCACUUCCUAUCUUGGAAGAAACUUCUCCGGAACCUCAUCAGCCACCUUACAAACGAACCCGUACUUCUUUAAGCCCUUCUCAAUCUUCCUCAAUCAAACUACCGAAAAGUCAAUUUCAAACUGCUCCUAAGGAUGAAUCACCAAAUCUCUAUUUUUCUUAUCACGAUCAUCAUUCUCCUUCGAAAACAAAAGAAGAUUUACAUCUAUCAGGCUUCGAAUCGCUCUGUUCACCGCAUUCUGAGGCUGAUCAGCGCGCUUUGAAUGCGCGCCCGCUUAAAAAUACCAAAAUGCGUUUGAUAGAACGUGCGGCCCAGAAUCGUGCAGCUCAACGUGCGUUCCGAGAACGUAAGGAUCGAUAUGUACGAGAUCUCGAGACUCGAUCCGCUCAAUUCGAUGCCUACGUCUCACGUCACAAUCAGCUGGAGGAACGUGAAAGAAACUUGGCAGCGCGUGAAGCCAAGUUACAAUCGAGAUCCCCUUCAAAAGAUCCGAUCCGAAGGCAAACUAUGCCCGACCAAACUCCGCAUGACCCGAAAGAUGACGAACGAGAACGGAUGCUUCAUCUACAAAAUGAACUGGAUGUAGCACGUCGAGAAAUCCACUCUUUACGAUCAAGAUUGUCAACUGACUCAAAUGUAAAGACUUCCAACUCAAACCCACCUUGUCCCGAAUCCCAUUCGGUCAACCAAGCUGAACGAAGACAUUCAACUCCAUCUAUCUUUACUCAUUCAAUCCAAUCUGAACAUCCUUCCAGUUUCUUGUCAUCACAUGAUACACCUACUUUACGUCCCAUCAAUCCUCCUUUCCUACGUAGGUAUCCACAUUCUUCUAGUUUUAAGUCUUGA